AUGGCCAAGGAUUGCAGCCCCACCAAGCUCAAGCAGCCACUGUCUUACGCAGUGGUAAGGUGGUGGACAACAAAGUGGAAGCCCCUGUGGAAGAACCCCCCAAAGGAAGCCCGCAUGGAGGAGCAAGUAAAGGAGCCACUGCAGCCAAGAGAGGAGGAGAAGGAGAAGGAGUCCGAAGUGAAGCUCCACAAGGCUGUCAAGCCAUAUAAACCACCGGUCCCUUACCCGAGCCGGUUGAAGAAUGAGAAGCUGGACCAGCAAUUCACCGAUUUCUACAACAUGUUGGCAAAGGUGAAUGUGAACUUACCUCUGCUGGAUGUGAUCAGGAACGUCCCAGCAUAUUUGAAGUUCUUCAAGGAGUUGGCCUCCAAGAAGAGGAGGUUCGAGGACAACGAGAAGAUUUUGGUGUCCGAGGUUGCAAACUCCAUAAUGCAACAGCCCUUGCCUCCCAAGCAACGAGACCCAGGUAGUUUUGUGAUUAAUAUUGCCUUGGGAAAUGGUAAGGAGGCCUCGGGGAUGUUAGAUUUGGGGGCUGGAAUCAAUUUAAUGCCUUACUCUAUUUUCAAACAACUAGAGUUAGGAAAUUUGAAACCCACUCGCAUGUAUUUGCAAUUAGCUGAUAGGUCUGUGAGGUAUCUUCGUGGGGUAGUCGAGGAUAUCCUUGUUAGAGUGGGUGGUUUGAUUGUGCCCGUUGAUUUUGUUGUGUUGGAAAUAUGA